AAAAUCUAGGGGGAGGUAAUCAACCGGGCCGCUUACCGGUUCAACAGGUUUUUCGGUUAUCGGUAUAAAAUCCACUACACAGCCUCUGAGGACCCCUAACGGUUGGCAGUCGGUAAAUCGACUAACCGGUUAGCAAUUAGUAAACCAGUUACACGUUUAGAACUCCUUCUUCCACCUUUCUCAAUCCUUGUAGUUUUGUUUCUCCGCCCCAGAACUCCUUCUUCCACCUUUCUAUCCCAAAACCUUAUGAUGACGAGAGGGCUCUCGCUCAGCCUGUCCGACGAAGAAGAUUACGACAACUGCUUUUCCCCCUCCUCCGCCGACAAUGGUGAGCGACAGCUGGGUAAGGUGGGGGUUGAAGCUGAUAAGAGAGAGCUGACUGUGCGAGAGAGGCAAGGUUUUUGGAGAGGCAUAGCAUGGAUUGGGAUUCAGUGGUGGCCGAUGGGGCUUCCACCUACGGCGAGCAGUGGCGCCCCCUCUCUUUUGGAGUGUGGUGGGCGGACUGGUGAGUGGUAGUCGCGGCCUCACAACAGAGAAGAGAAGACGGAGGCGUGAAAUUAGCAUCAGGGUUGUUAUCUUUAGUCUGUUGUUUUGUUCAAUAUGGCGGUUACCAGCAAACCGAAUAACCGACGAUAAUUAAUAAGGGGACAUGCCAUAUACCGAUUAUUAAUUGAUCGCUACCCGCUUACCGUAACCGCCGGUCACGAGUUCGAUAACUGGUUACACCGUCAAUCGAAUUACCAACUACCACCUCUACUAAAAGCUGAAGUAUCAC